AUCAUAACACAGGUGUCUGGCCAGGUGGGUAGUGCUCACCACUCAACUCCACUGCCCCAAAAAGAACAGAAUGGACCACCAACAGCUUCUCCCCAAUCUCCAUGGAAACAUCUCCUCCUCCCCGGGCUCGGUCAGUGAAGCGCUGCUCUCCAGGACGGGCUUCACCAUCCUGGCGGUGAUCAUUGGUGUGUUCUCGGUGUCCGGAGUCUGUAUGAACGUCCUGGUCAUCAUGGUGACGAUGAGACACCGAAAGCUGCGCCAGCCUUUGAACUACGCCCUAGUCAACCUGGCAGUGGCUGACCUGGGCUGUGCUCUGUUCGGGGGACUGCCCACGAUGGUCACCAACGCUAUGGGCUACUUCAGCAUGGGGCGGCUAGGCUGCGUGCUGGAGGGUUUCGCUGUGGCUUUCUUUGGUAUUGCAGGUCUGUGUUCAGUGGCCGUGAUAGCUGUGGACCGUUAUGUGGUGGUGUGUCGACCAAUGGGGGCGGUCAUGUUCCAGACCAGGCACGCAGUCGGAGGGGUGGUCCUGUCCUGGGUGUGGUCGUUUUUAUGGAACACCCCACCUCUGUUUGGCUGGGGCAGCUUUGAACUGGAGGGGGUUAGGACCUCCUGCUCCCCAAACUGGUACAGCAGGGAACCAGGAAACAUGUCUUACAUCAUCCUUUACUUCCUGCUCUGCUUUGCCAUUCCUUUCUCCAUCAUCAUGGUCUCCUACGCUCGCAUCCUCUUCACACUGCACCAGGUGUCCAAGCUGAAGGUGUUGGAGGGCAACAGCACCACCCGCGUGGAGAUACAGGUUGUGCGUAUGGUGGUAGUCAUGGUGAUGGCCUUCCUGCUCAGCUGGUUGCCCUACGCGGCCUUCGCCCUCUCUGUGAUCCUUGACCCCAGCCUCCACAUCAACCCUCUCAUUGCCACGGUUCCCAUGUACCUGGCCAAGAGUAGCACUGUCUACAACCCCAUCAUAUACGUGUUCAUGAACAGACAGUUCCGGGACUGUGCUGUUCCUUUCUUGCUGUGUGGUCUGAACCCUUGGGCCUCAGAACCAGUGGGCUCUGAAGCUGAUACCGCCCUGUCCUCCGUCAGCAAGAACCCACGAGUCUCACCCCAAUGACAGCAACUUUCUAUUUUCUUUGUACAAUGUAAAGUUGCUGUUAUAAAAUAUAGUUUGAUGUGCAAUAUUUGGUUGUAACUGUUUCAAGAAUACUAAUAAAAGUAUAGUCCAUGAUAUAUGGACAGAGAC